ACGGCGGGGCGGCCAUGAGCGACCGGCGGCUGCGGGCGCUGCGGGACCGCGUCCGCUCCUUCCCGGACUUCCCGCAGCCCGGCGUGCUGUUCCGCGAUAUCAGCCCCUUGCUGAAGGAUCCUGUGGCCUUCAGGACCUUGAUUGAUCUUCUGGAGGAUCAUGUGAGGGCGUCUUUCCCUAAAAUCGACUUCAUCGUGGGCCUGGACUCCCGCGGGUUCCUGAUCGGGACCCCGCUGGCGCAGAGGUUGGGGAUCGGCUUCGUGCCCGUGCGGAAAAAGGGGAAACUGCCCGGUGCCACCGAGUCCAUCUCCUACAGCCUGGAGUACGGCAGGGCUGAGCUGGAAAUCCAGAGCGAUGCUGUGGAAGCAGGACAGAAAGUGGUGAUCGUGGAUGACCUGCUGGCAACCGGAGGUACCAUGCGUGCUGCCUGCGAGCUGCUGAAGAGGCUGAAGGCUGAAGUCCUGGAGUGCCUGGUGAUCAUAGAGCUGACAGCCCUGAAAGGGUCGGAAAAGCUCAAUUCCAUCCCUUUCUACUCCCUGCUGCAGUAUGAGUGAGGAGGAGCAGGGAGAGGGAGCACUGGGAACAAAUCUGGGGCUUUCUGUAGUGAUUCUGGGUGUCACAGGGGGGUGGGGAAGGGGGUUAAACACAGCAUGGCCAGAUGCUCUUCAAUCCUAAAUUUCCCAGGCACUGUGUUGAGUGUAAUGAUCCCUUUUUGGAGUUCAUCCUUUUAGCAAGCUGAUUGACUGGGUGGGGGAUGGAGACCAAGAUGCAGUUCACUGAAUCUGUGGUUUUUAGGAGACCAAAGUGAUGACAUUGCUGCUGAGGCAGGAGAGCUCUGACAGGGCACCAGCAUUCCCUGGGCUGGGCCUGUCAGCCUGCAAGGAACCUGCUAAAAAAUUCCCAAAGAAGCACAGGAGAUGGGCAAAAAGCAAUUCUUUCUGUAAGGGACAAAUCCUGCUGAAUUUGACCUCAGGAUGGGCUGGCUGCCCCGGACUGUCACUCACACCAGAAUAAGUUGCUCUUACACCAGGGCUGUGCUCGUUCAGGUGAAUGAAAUGUCUGCUGUGUCCUUAGAUCAGGGUGGUGCUGCUGUGGGGUGAGCCCAGGCAGUGUUCUCCUUCCCUGGAGAGCACAGGAAUUCCCCAUCUCCUUUCCCACAUCCCACUCUGUGCUGCUGCCUCCCCUCUGCUGGGCUGUUUGGGGCCAUCAGGCUGCUGCCAGCUCAGAGCUGGUGCCAGCUGAGGCCACGGGAGAGGUGUUGCAGUGGUCUCAGGUGUGUGAGGGGGGUUUGGAGAUGCUUCUUCCAGCACGGUUCAGUUUGGUCACAGCUAAAUCCCCACGUGCCAAACUUCCACAAGCCUAAAAACAUCAGGGACUGUGUCCCUGGCCCAGCAGGGACUGGACUCACAGGUAAAAUAAAUAUUGAUGUAUUUUUAUAUUUCCUAA